ACGUCAUUUAUGGACGGCCCCUUGACAAGGAGACCGCGUUGUCCCAUUACUUUGACUCGCCACACACUGACUUACGCGGUGCAGUGCAGUCACUGCGGCUACGUCGAUUACGCAACCUCGAGUUGACUAACGAGUUGUGGGACCAAUGUGAAUGAUGCACGGCCACACCCAGCAAACAUCCUCCCGUUCUCGCCCUGCGACACAAAGACGCUGUCGUGGUGGUUAGCGAGCACCUAUUAUUAUGAAGGUGUCUCUCGCACACACAGCCUAGCGAGCGGGUUGCCACGGCUGCGUUUGAUUUGACAACACACACACACACGCGCACAGCUGCUGCUGCUGCUGUUGUUGGCGUAGAGAGUUAGCAAUGUUUGUGGUGCCGUGAACGUGAGCCGAAUGCUUCGAAGCCUCAGUCGGCUUUUUUCAAACCGCGGGCGGACAGACAGACGACAGCACCGUUUUCCCUCCACGUGGAGCUCGGCAAGCCACGGGGAUGGAGGAGAGAUACGUCGCCUCGAUGGUUCUGAGCGGCGUUGGUGAUGCUCUGGGCUACCGCUCCGGCUCGUGGGAGUUCUGCCACAGCGGCGAAAAAAUCGCGGAGGAGCUUGCCGCCUUGGGCGGGCUGGCCAGCCUGCACCUCACCCCUUCCGGCAGGUGGCCCGUGAGCGAUGACACGGUCAUGCACCUGGCCACGGCGGAGGCGCUGGUGAACGCGUCCGCGAGGGCCGAUGCCGUGGGCCCCGAUGGACCGCUGUACCCGGAGAUCGCGCGGUGCUACAAGGCGUGCAUGAGUGACAUGAAUGGACGGGCGCCAGGUCUCACGUGCAUGUCGGGAGCCCGAUCGCUGCGGCCGUCCGUACGGCUGGGCUGGACGACGCCGUUCAACCCGCACGGCGGCGGCUGCGGCGCCGCGAUGCGCUCCAUGUGCGUGGGGCUGCGCUACCCGUCGCCGCGCCGCCUCGCCGAGCUGGUGGCCGUGAGCGUCGAGUGCGGCCGCAUGACCCACCACCACCCCACGGGCUACCUCGGGUCGCUCGCGUCGGCGCUGUUCGCCGCGUACGCCGUGGCGGGCAAGCCGGCGCGCGAGUGGGGCGCCGGGCUCAUGGCCACGCUGCCGUUGGCGGCUCAGUACGUGCGCGACGCCGGCCGGGACGUUGACGAGAACCUCGCCGCGUGGAGCUACUUCGAGGACAGCUGGCGCCGAUACCUGGACAUCCGCGGAAUCUCCGACGGCGCGAGCGAGCCCUCGUUCCCGGCCGCUCACGGCACCGUGGCGGGGCGCGACGCCUUCUACAAAACGCUGAGCCACAGCGGCUGGGCCGGCGCCAGCGGGCACGACUCUACCAUGGUGGCGUACGACGCCGUGCUCGCCGCCGGCGACUCGUGGAGCGAGCUGUGCGAGCGCGGCGCCCUGCACGGCGGGGACAGCGACUCGACCGGCGCCAUCGCGGCCUGCUGGUGGGGUGCGGUGUACGGUCUCGCUGGCGUCCCCGCGGGACACCACCAGCAGCUGGAAUACCGCAGCAGGCUGGAGAUGGCCGGGCGCAAGCUCUUCAAGCUCGCCAACAAAGAUUGCGGCGAUUCGGGGGUGGGAGUGUGAAGCGGUGGUGGUCGGUUGGUGGUUUGGUGGUGGUCACUCCGUACGAUUCCUGAAAGUGAGAUUUCCCCUUCGUUCACCGCUGAUUUACAUCGCAAACUCGAAGGGGAAAUUUCACUCGAGAUAUUUUGCGCGUCUGACUUUAAUGGCGACCCGGAAAAUAUUGUACAGUGAACCUUGCACACCGCAACCAAUAUUAUUAUAAUAGUACUACCUUUUUUGCCCGUUCAAGGACGGAUGUAUAUUGCAGUAAAUCUAAUGAAAGGGGCGGCCUCUUUUUCAGUGACGUCACUGCACGGAUGUAGCACUGUGCUGCGUAGAUUAUUUUUUACCGUUGCUUUCUGUAAAGAAACAUCAUAUUUGAAGCGACUUUGGUAUAACAAUAAUUCAGCUCGACCUGCUGCGUUCGUGUAAAAAUCCACCCUCUCAUGAAUAUUAAGGAGGGGGGGGGGGUGGCCCUCACGUGGAGUGACGUCACCCGGGGGGGUGGGCCUCAUGUGGAGUGACGUCACGCACGGGACGGACAGACAUUUCUGGGUGAUUAUAAUUAUCGUAGGUAAUCGAUAAUUUGGUACAUUUCCAAUUCAUCGCUUGUUGCAGAGUACCGCGGUUCGAAUCUAUCGGCCAUCGCGGUUAUGUCUGUAGGUAUAUUAAUUGUAAAUCAGUGAGCAUGUUGAUUGUUUACUUGCCGUGGGAGAUUGGUGGAGGGUGGGGGAGGGGCGGUGUGUCAUGUU